AAAAUGAAACACCAAAUUGUAGUAAAGGAUAUCGCUUUAUCUCAUCCCGUGUCCUUUAUAUGUACUUUGCCGGAAAAUAUCCAUUGUUUUGAUGUUAAAGGCCAUUUAUAAAAAAAACACGUAUUCAAGUUUGGAAACACAAUCAGUUUAAUGACGUCAAAAACAUGCAUGAACAGUAAUUUUGUUGACACCAUAUUUCGCCUGCCAAUUUAAAAGAAAAAUCGGUAACAUUUAAAACAAUACGUUUUUCUUCCAACAAGGUAAACGAACUAUUGUUACAUCCCGACGCACUUUUAUUUCAAACACUAUUUAAACCUGUAGCUCUCAAAUUAAUAACAGGAUUUUAAUAGUUGUGUUGUAAAAUGCUUCAAUAAUUUCAAUCACAAGUGAUUGAUUUAAAAAUCGGAGUAUACUAUAACGUGGUGUAGUUCUUGUUGAUGCUAGCGCUACCAAACUCAUCAACUUUUUCACUGAUCACUAUAAGUGGAUAGGCGACUGCUUGGAAAUGAUAGCUUUUGUUUCGUUCCGAUUUAACCGCACCUAUAGAUGUUAGCAGCCACUAUUUUAAAACAUAUAACCAAAUUAUAUGAUUUGAAAUGGGAACUACGUGGUGCUAAUAUACUAAGUGAAGAACGGGGAGCAGUGGUAGUAUCAAAUCAUCAAUCCUCAUUGGAUAUUUUGGGUUUGUUCAACAUUUGGGAAGUAGCUGAUAAAUUAACAGCGGUCGCUAAAAGAGAGGUUAUGUACGUUUUUCCGUUCGGAUUCGCUGCAUACCUCGCAGGCGUAAUUUACAUAGACAGAAAUGACCCAAAACGAGCAAGAGAACAACUUAAUAUGACGUCAGAUGUAAUGGUUAAAGAAAAGACAAAAAUCUGGCUAUUUCCUGAAGGGACACGAAAUAAGGAUUACAGAAGUUUAUUGCCUUUCAAGAAAGGAGCAUUCCACAUGGCCGUCGCAGCACAAGUUCCCAUCAUACCCGUCGUCUUUUCACCUUAUUAUUUUAUAAAUAACAAACAAGGAAUUUUCAAUAAAGGUCAUGUCAUAAUUCAAUGUCUCGAACCAAUAUCAACAAAAGGAUUAGGUCCAGAAGACAUCGACGGUCUUGUAACACGAGUGCGCGACGCAAUGUCUACUGUCUACAAAGAACUGACCAAAGAAGUGAUAACGAAUUUACCUUCAGAUUACCCACAUACGACAGUAGGAUAAAUAGCAUAAUAUAAAAACUAUAAUAUUAUUUAUUUGUACCUGUGAUGUAUUUACUAUUAAAAGCUU